AUGGCUCUGCAACAGCCACGCUCUUUAGCUGCUCAACGUCUCGGUGCAGUAGCAUUCGUUCGCUCAUACACUACCACUGAACCAGCAGCAGCAACAGCAGCAGUAGCAGCAGCAGAAAACACAACGACCACGGCAACUGACACCAUUCAGGCACUGGUACAUACGAGCGAGUCAGCAGCACAAAUCGGCGACUUUAAGGCCAUGGGUCUUUGCAAUUUCACACCUGUUGGUGGUUUGGAAGCCAUGUUGGAAGCCGUGCACGUAUAUUCCGGAUUACCGUGGUGGGGAACCAUUGCUACCGCCACAGUUAUUGUUCGUCUGGCUCUGCUUCCCCUGAUGAUCAAAAUCCAACGCAAUAACGCCAAGAUGAUGAACUUGAACCCAGAAGUAUCACGACUGAUGGAAAACUUGAAAACGGCACAACAACAAGGCGAUUCGGUGGCCGUUGGAAAGUACACGAACGAAAUGCAGUCAAUUUUCAAAAAACACGGUUGUCAUCCCAUGAAGUCGCUUGGUUUGCCUAUCAUCCAGAUGCCUGUCAUGGUUUCCUUCUUCAUGGCACUGCGUGCCAUGUCUGAACUCCCCGUUCCCGGAUUAACAACAGGAGGUAUGGGCUGGUUCACGGAUUUGACGGCUCAGGACCCAUACUAUGUCUUACCCAUUGCAAGUGCUGCUGGUGUCAUGGCUGUUCUUGAAGCCGGUACUGAAGUGGGCGCUGCCAAUCCCCAGAGCAAGACCAUGAAGAACUUUUUCAGAGUAAUGGCUGUGGCCAUGGUUCCCUUCACAGCCUGGAUGCCUAGUUCGGUGUUCAUUUACUGGAUCACCUCCAACGCCGUCUCCAUUACCCAGAUCCUCGCCCUUAAAAACCCUACUGUGCGAAAAGCAUUGGACAUCCCCAAACUCGUCAAGCCUGCCUCCGAACUUCAAAAGAAUACCAAGAGCUUCAUGGAAAAUUUCCGGGAACAGACUGUGCAUCAUGAAAAGCUGGAGAAGGAUCGGGCAUUGCGUGAGCGACAACGGGCAACUUCAAUGGCAAGACGUGCCGCAAAGAGACGUUUCUAA